AUGUGCAACGACGUUUUGCUGACGAUGGUAGGGAGACUUCUAGAAGUCAAUGUAACAAAACACUGAUCGCGCGUGCGUAAUAGAUCAAUAUAUUGUUUGUUGCCAAAAAUUGGAUAUAUAAAUCCAAAGCUUAUUGAUAUUUGUUACAUAGAUAUUUUUUACAAAAUAGCAUACAACGUCAAAUCUAUUAAAAAUUGAAACAAUUGGAAAAAAAAAUCUUAUCAUUAUCAUACAUAUCAAUUAAUAAUUACUGAACUAAGAUAAUGUAGUAUCAGGACUGUUCAUGUAUAGUAUAAAAUGAUGCAUUUUAGAUUUUUACGUAAAUUUUUAACGAACAAUAUCAAAUAACUUUAAUAUAUUGGUUGAUUUACGUCAGAUUAUGUAUGACGCAUAAUGCAACAAUGCUUGAAAUAUUUAAAAAGACACAAGAAAUAUUGUUUGUUGAAUUAGUUCACUAGAAUUUUUCUUGAUGGUAAAUAUUUAAUCUUUGCGAUCAAUAAUAGAGAGAAUAUCAAGUGUUCUCUAGAAAUUUCUAGUAUGCAUUCUUUCAUGCACAGUUAUAUUGAAUUACUUAUUAUAUACUUUUUAAUAUAUCAGAUUCUAAAUUUUCUUUAUUUUAUUUGAAAUGAAUUAUUUUACAGUGUAAAAUAAAGAAUCUUAUUAAACGAUUAUUACAUCAGGCACUAACUAGACAUCACUGUAUACUGCGCCUGCGCAACAAUUCUUGGAUACCCUAUAUAAGCGGUGGCAAUAAGUGGCGUCUAAUAGCUUGCAGUGAGUCUGAUAUUUGGAAAACGAGAGCUAUGUCUGACUACUACGUUGACGAAUACGAACACUUCAACUACGAUUACGAUAAGCAUAUUUUUACCGGACAUAGUGGAAAACAACGAAGCAAACGCGAGGCUCUUACGCAUACUAAUCAUUUCGAUCCCUGCGGCCAUUCCAGAAAGAUACUCACUAAAUUGAUGAAUUCUGAGCACAACAAACGGAAUGUUGGAAAGACCAAAGCAUAA